CUUAUCAACGGUACAAAAUUUGCAUGUUCAACAUGUAUAAAGGGUCAUCGAUCGUCUCACUGCUAUCACACCGAACGUCCACUGUUUGAGAUUCGUAAAAAGGGCCGUCCGAUAUCCCAGUGCGCCUAUUGUCGCGAUCUUCGAAAAACAAAACAAGCUCACAUAAAAUGUGCCUGUGGAGAAAAG